ACACACACACACACACACACACACACACACAAUGACAUGCAUUGAAUUACAGCAGAGGAUAAUUGUCUUCCAGGAUGCCUGGACUUGUCCUGAAGUACAUAAUCGGUAACAAAUGUCUCUCUCAUUCUGUCCGACACCUCUCCUCUUUGUUUCUCACAGAGCAGUUUAAACAUCCACGCCCGAUCAUGCUCAAAUGGAGGGAGGAAUUAGUGCCGCUGACGCACUCCCUGAUUCAAGCUAACAAAAGAUUGUCAUGAUUGAUUAAUCUCAUAAUUAAUUUAUCAAUCCCUGUUUGCCUUCAGUGCAGGCUGAGCCCAAAUCACUGUUCCCGCUGCUCCCUGCCCGCUCCAAACGCAGGGAGUUGAUGCAAAUACAAAUGCAUGACAUGCAAAGAUGUGGCGUGCAGGAAGACGGGUCUCCAUGGCAACUAGACUGUGUUUAUCUCCGGUGUGACUCAAUGUGCUGUGCCAUGUGAGUCUGACCUAGAUAUAAGGUAUACGCCCAGGCGAGUGUGAACGCGCACACGUUGGCAUCGUGCUCACAUGGAACUGCACAUGGAAAAACACACUGCCACUGACGCCAUGUUUGUGCCUGGAGCUGAAAUGAACCAUGUUUGAAAGAGAAGAGAGAAAUUAUUCCAGUGUCCUGCUGUUUGUUGUUGUUUUUGUUAUUGUUGCUGUUUUCAUCAGACACGAUUAUUCCUGUAUCAUGUGGUCUUAUGUUCUUCUUUUUUGACCCGGUGACCUAAUUUUGCUGCUGAGCCAUACGCAAGGCUAUCAUUUACUCUUUGUCUCGGUUGAAUGUUUUUUCAUCCACCCAUACCCUGGCUGAUCCUGCAUUCCUGUUUGAGUCUAAUAAAGGACUUCCUCAAAAAAAAAAAUUAAAUCAGCUUCUCCAUGAAGCUUGCCAGUGGAGGGAAGCUUGCCAGUGCAUGUGGAAAUUUCCUGGGUUUGGAAUUACUAAAUUCCAGCGAACCAACACCAGUAGAAGACAUGGAUCCCCAAUUGAUCACUGACUGUGGAAACAUCCCAAUGUAAUUCUAGUAGCCUGGGUUGUGGGCCUCUCCACCGUCCCUGCAGAGUUUGAAAUUUUGAUUUCCCAAUAAAAUGCCCCAUUUAUGCUCAUUUCUGAAUAGGACUUUAGUUCAUUGUGUAACCGUACAGUUCUUUUCCCCGUUAACCCAGGUAAGAUGCUUCUGACUUCGUCUCUGAUUCAGAAGUAUCUUUGCCCACGUUGCAGUUUUCCAUUUUAUGUAUGGAAUUUUUUCUACCACAUUUUUUCCUUCCACUAAACUUUCCGUUCAUAUGCUUUUAUACAGCAUUAUGUGAACAUCUGGCUUCUUUAGCAAUUACCUUCUUUUAAUUUGGAUGCAGUUAUGGAAAUCUGCUUUCUAUUCCAGGUGGCACUCCUGGAGGUCUGUUUUGACUCUGUGGUGGCGUGAGCCAUCUUUUAUGGCAUAGCAUGCGGGAGCAGAAGCUGCACUGAGAGGAGGCUUUUGGAUAAGCUCAUCAGAGAGGCUGGCUCUCUCCUAGGAUGUCCUCUUGACCCAGUGAUGGGAGUCAGAAGUUAAGCAAAAAUAACAUCACUGUUGGACAAUUUCUCACGUCUCGUGUAUAAACCUGUUGCAGAACCGGAGACCACCUUCAGUGACAGACUGCUGCAUCCUACGUGCACAAAGGAGUGCUGUAAAUUUGCCCUUACAGUACAGUCACUUAUUCUUAUUUUUUGUUUAUGCCUAUUUUACUUUUGAAUGUUCAUGCUUCCAAUUUCCUGUUACUUUGCUGCUGGGGCACUUCAAUUUCUCCACAGCUCAGAGCUUUUUAAUCCUUUGCAGUCCCUGAUCUUCUGUGAGGAGGAUGACGACAGAGGAUAACAGAGCCUUUUCAGGAUUCACACUCUGAAAACGUGUCAAACUUGCAACAUACAGUUGUAAGUUUGACAACUGUACACUCAUCUUUUAAACAUAGGCUUUUGCUUAACUGUCUUUAUUUACUGAUAUUAAAAGGCUUGUUUUAUUCUUUUUUCUGCACUUUCUUGAAAUCUAUAUAAAUAGAUUUUCACUUACUUUUAUGUGGAAGCUGUUAAAGGCUAUCGAAGAGGCAGUUACCAUCAAAUCAGCCUGAUUGUUCAGGGGAAUAAUAACACAUUUCUACAGUGAUUACAGCUGUAGGCCAUAAUCGUCAAACAAACCCUUAAAAUAAAUCACAGUGCAUCCAGUGAACCCAUAUAUAAUUUGAGUUUUGCUUUUUGAACUGAAUUUCUGGGAGAUGUGUAUUUCCUAUUCAUGUUUGAAUCAGAGGACUCAUUCUAUGUGUAUGAUUUAUGCGGAUUAAUUAUUUGUUGCCCCACUUUAAGAGCGUUUCAACACAACAGCAGCCAGCAUGCCGCCUCAGAUUGUUGUUUGCAAAGAUAAACAGCACAGUGGAGAAUCAGGAUCAGGGAUGCGUGAGAUCUGACAGCUCGGUUCAUACGUAACCCUGCUGCAUGACUCACUCAUCCUGGAUCAGACUGCAGAAACAGAGACAUCCAGUGUUGGAUUGGCAGUAUAACACUCCAAGCUUAUGUAAUGCUUGGAAUUUGCACUUUAGGCCCCUCAUCCAUGGUUCUCGGCCUUUAUUGUCACAGAGCUGCCAGGACACAUGAUAAGUCACAAUGUCAAUAUGAGGUUAUUCAAAUCGCAGAUGAAUGCGGCAAUUGUUCCAUAUCAUAGCAGAUAACAUGCAUAGAAAAUAUGUGCUAUCCUCGAGACGUUUCUAUAGGUGAACGUCUUCAAAACAAGCACACAGUCACACUUUCUGGAGGCUGUGAGCAACAUGACUUCUUCCAAAGGCUAAAAAACCUCAACAACAGAUUGACGACCCCCACAAACAUUAUGUAAUAUGGCGGCGUUAUGCAAUCACAACAAAAAAAAAAAGAAACGCUGGAGUUAAUGACUAGAGCUGAGGCAGAUAAAUAGGUCCAACAUGUUGCUGAGUCAUCUGAGUUGACAUGUAUCUAUAAAGCUGCAAGUUGUUUUCUGGGCUCGUUUGGAGGACAUGGGUCUCGGGGAAAUGGGCGACUGCGCCACGGUUGUCUAAUUCAGAAGGUGUGCAAAAAAAAACUGCAUUGCGUCACAGCGGGUAGCAGAUCAAAAAGCGAGAGAGAGAGAGAGAGGGAAGAGACGGGAUGGGUUGGGAAGCAGGGGUGCAGCCAGCCAAGCCAGGAGGGAAGACAGGGAGGGGUGUGUCCUCACUGACCUAGUUAGAGCUAAAUGGAAAACCCCCGCCCUCUCCUCCUCUUCCUCCUCCUUCUGGCCUUGUCACUGACGUGUAAAGGGCACUUUCAAACAUUACCGGACAGAUAAAAGUGAAUGCAUGAUGGCAGCGACAGGAUCACAUGGAAGACAGAGUGGAAGACCGAGGCAGAAAUCCAGUGAAACCAAUGUAACAGGUCUGGGGAAUAUCUCAGGGAAAACCAAAUGGGCCUAAACAGAUUUCAGACAAAUUAAUUACAACAACAUACUGCAUCUGAAAUAUUGAGCUGCCUCAUAUCCUGUGCGAUAUUAGGUUGUUUUUGCCUUUAUUUCCACAGAACAAUAUCUGUGAGGCAUGAGGUUGCUUUUAAUAACAUUGGGACGUAAUAACUGCCAAAUGCAGACUAAUAAACAGGAUUUAAUCUAACAUCUCCCGGGCUUUUUCCUGACUCUGUGCAAAUGUGGCAGUUUCAGGGUUGAUUCAAAGCAAACGGCAGCCAAGCAGGUGUUCUGACUAUCUGUCCUACCUUGUCGAGUAAAUACACCAAACCUAUUACAAAUGUUCUGCAGGAAGCAAGUUUGGCCAUUUUUAUCUAAACAGCCUUGCAGAGCUCUAGAAUUUUGUCACGUUUUCUCUCCUUACAAGCACAAACUUCAACGCAUCUAACUGGGAUGGAUAGUUGUGACAGAACAACACAGUAGAGCACACAGAGCUCUGCUUAAUCCAUUAUCUGUGCAACCUAAACUGACAGGCUGGACAUGGAGAAGAUCCGAACUGGCAACUCUGGAGGAGCAGCAGAGAUGCAUAGCUCUGGUCUGAGAAUUACAGGGCAUUUAUCGGUCAAAGCCAUACACAGUUUGCCAUAAUUAUGCAAUCUAGAGGUCACAGCGAACACGUAGAAGCUCAGACUAAAGUGAAACUUUUUGGUCUACAUUCAAAAUGCUAUUUGUGGUGGAAUGCCACAAAUAGCCUGCGUAAAGGCUAUUUGUGAAGAUGCCACGCCUCUGGUGAAACGUGGUAAAAUGUUGUUGGGAUAAUUUUGUCAGUAUUGAGUCCAAUUCAGGGAGAAAAUGUGAAAAAAAAAAGUCAAGACUGGGCAGAGGCUUGCUUUCCACCACAACAACCCUAAAAAUGCAGCUAGUGCUCCAGCUGAAUGGAUUAGAUUAAGAAAGGUUUAUUAGCUAGAGUGUCCUAGACCUAAAUGUACUUUCUGCAAGAAUUUAAAACUGCCACUUGCAGUUGCUCUCAGUCUAAUAGGAAAUAGGAGCUUGAGCUAUUUUCCAAAGAAUAAUGGGCAAUAAUGUCAAUCUCUGGCUGGCUGAAGCUGGUAUAGGCGUACCACAAAUAACAGCAGUGAAAGGUAGCUCUGCAAAGUUCUGACUCAGGGUAGCAGAACACAAGUGCCAGUCACAAAAAAGGCGGAAAAUGGAACAAAAGAGAGAAAAAUAUGCAUGUCACACUUUUCAGAAUGCAUAAUUUUUCUUCCUCUUCUUAAUUAUAAACUGUUUGUGGUUUUAAUGUGAAGAAAUGUGAGGUAUUGUUAUUGUUUCCUACAGGAUGGUGGUUUGAUCUUCCUGUUUCCAGCCACUCAUUCUCUUGAUGAAAAGCAUUAAACUCAUUCAGCGAAUGACUUUUUUUUCCUUCAGAGUGCACUCUAAAACUUUCCUAUAACCAGGCCGCCUUGCCUUAAAUAGAUUGAGCCAAUAAAAAGGUGACUUUAUUCUGCAAACCUUUCAGCCCUGUCAUUUGUUUUUGGGUCAUGUAUUUUCUCACUGGUUCCAUUUGGCUCGUCCAAAAGGCUUCUCCAGAUUGCAUUUUCAGACAGCCCCCUUUUUUGUGUGUUGUUUUUACAAAGCCUUCGGUUGUUCACUCUCUCUUUCUGUCGUCAAUCGCUCCCCCGCCCGGCUGGAUGAAGUUUCAACUUCGGUCUUUCAGGACAAGCUGGAGGCUGAGGCAGAUCCGAACUCCAAACUUUCAACAGAAAACCACAAAGGCAAUAGUACAGUUUUCCAAACCAAUUAAAAGUUUUAAUGUUUAAACACUUGAAAAAUACCAGACAUCUGUAAUGUGCAGGGAAAUCUUUUUUCUUUUUAAUUUUGUUUAAACCUUUCUCGGUUAAGAUUAAAAUCGAAGCAAAGUACUCUGUCGAUGUGGAGAGGAAUCUGUAACGAUUUCCAAAUGGUUGGUUAUUUUUGCAAUAUCAUUGAAUGUUUGACCUUUCUAUUCUCAAUUCUCAGUCACUCGUUGAAAUUGUGUGCCACAGAGAAACCCAUUGCUGCAAGCAAGAGGCCAAUACUGAAACCUCUCCUAUGUUUCAGUAAUAAUUACCAGAAACUUUAAAUUAUCCAAUGAUCUUUUAACACCUCUGAUAUUGUGAGAAUUUGGUUUUUCUAUGUGUUAAUUUCGGUUUCUGUUUUUCAGUUGAGUCUCCCUGAAGUCCCGAUUGUCCCCAGCUGUCCCUCGUUUCCCCUGAUUACCUUCCCUGAGUAUUUAUACCCACCUGUGUUUCUUGCUCUCUGUCAGGUCCUUGCUGUUGUGUUGAUCAUCUACUGACAUUAGUUUUUUGUCAGUUGUUGUAAUUAUUUACCAGUUGCUACCCGAGUCAGAGUUUCUGCCGCUGCUCAUCUGUGCUGCCUGGAUUUUGAGGUUUGUUCAUUUAAAAACCAUCAUUUGCAUCAUAACCUGGUACCAACCGCAUCUACCUCACCACUUCAAACCCCACCUCAUGACAGAUGUUGUGUAUACCAAGGAUGUUUUUUUUUUUUUUUGAGGAAAAACAGGAGGAAAUCCAGUUGGGGCACAUUGGCCCAGUGGCAGUUCUCGCAUAAUUGUUACUUUAGUCAAGCCCUUCCUUGUGCUGCCUCCAAAAGAUGACAACAUGAGAUUCUGGGUUGGCAUAAAGUGCGGUGCGGUGUAGUCCCCCACAGAACAUGUAAGCUAGAGUUGUUAUUCUCAGUAGCAAGUAGGGGACGCCGACUCUACGAAAGCGGAUGCUAACUCCCCAUUGACUUCACAUGCAUAAAAGUAAUCAACAUUUAUUUAGGGGACAACUGACAGUUAGAUACCUUGAUUUUUUUUUUCUCUGUCUUUUGCUCAUUCAAUGUCCUUUAAAUGCUGGGGGAGCUGACCAAGGUUAUAUGAGAACUUGAGGAGAAUUUAAUUUGGGAACCCAUAUCUAGAAAAACAGACGGGAAAGCAAAGGCACAACGGACCAUCCAUUUUUGUUGUCAAUGUUUAAUCACUUUUUAAUCCUUCAUUAGCCCAACUUUUUUGUUUUAUCAUUUGUGAAUAUAGCUACAGACAUGUGGAAGUCUGAGCUGUGCUAAAUUAUGACUCUGUUGAUGUGAUUGUCAAACUCUGACAGCGGUCUGAAAGUGGCACUGAUGAUUCAUUUCUCAACUUUCACUGUCUGAACUUCACUUGGCGUACGCAGGUCAGCAGGGGGGGCCAUUUGAAUUCACAAACAAGUUCUGAACCUGUUUACAAAACCUGUUUAUAUUUCGUGGAUGAGAUGGGGCUGUAAGACUUGACACACUGUGUGCAAUAAAAACAUUUUUAAAUUGUUGCACUAAACUAAUAGAUUAACUUUUCAGUUUUGUUCUAAUGAAGUGAGAAGUUCCUUUUUUAGAGGGUGUUGAAAUCGAUGUCUGUGUGUCCCUCUUAAGUCAGAUGCAGUUCUUAGAAUUGUUAAUGCUAAUGAACUUUUCUUAGCAUGAACUAAUUUCUUUUCUUUUUUAGAAGUCAGCUUAGAUUCUUGAGAAUAACUAGCAUGUGUGGCUUUAGACGCCAUAUGUUUAUCAAAACAGGAAGGAAAAAACCACACAGAAACUGUUUGUAAACAGGCAGGUCUAUAACUCAUUUCAAACAUCCUGAUGAAACCACCAGCACAAUCUUCAUACAGUCAAACGCUGAUAAUCACGAGAGCAAGACGUUUGGUGGCUUUUUGCGGAUGAAGUUCAAAAUGUGCCCCAAUGACAGCAUGACCACUAUGGCAACCAACAACACCGCCGAUACAUGCAUCAACAGUAUCCUGGAGGGUUUGGGUUACAGUCUUGUGUUUCUCCUCGGUCUCGUCGUCAACGGCGCUGCUCUGUGGGCCUUCGUCGCAAAGCGGGCCUCCUGGACCGACACCCACAUCUACAUGCUGAACUUGGCUCUGGCUGACUUUAUCUUGGUCCUUUUCCUUCCCUUCAGGAUUUACGAUGCCUUUUUCUGCCUGCCUAAAACUUUGCUCUGCACUUUCCUAAUUUUUAUGCACUUCGUCAACAUGUACGCCAGCAUCCUGACCACGACAGCCAUCAGCGUCCACCGCUACCUGACCAUCAAGUUCCCUCUGCAAGCCAGAUCAUGCAAGAGGAAGAAGGAGGCAGCUGUCGCAGUCUGCUUGCUCAUCUGGGUGGUUUUAAUUUUAAUCGUUGUUGUUUUUCGCAAGGAUAACUAUCCUGAAAAACUCUGGACAUGCUAUGAAAGAUGUAAAAAUACCAGAAUCCGUCCACAAUUUAACUUGCUCCUGUUGUCUCUCGGCUACCUGGCUCCUCUGCUGAUAAUUGUGUUCUGCUCCAGUCGGAUCAUCUGUAUUUUGGGGAAAGAGCAAAACAAGUCUGAGGAAAGGAAAAGUAUUGUUGGAAUAAUAAAAGCAAACAUGAUUGUGUUUCUUGUCUGCUACACACCAUUCCACAUUGCGCAUAUAGUAAGUUUACUCUACCAGGUUCCACCAAACUGGAGGACCAUAUAUCUUCCAAGUCACAAGUUUUUACAAGUGUCUGAAUGGAUUGCCUCCACAAACUGCUGCUUUGAUUCCAUCAGCUACUAUUUUUUAUUAAAGAGGUUUUACACUCGUUAAACCUUAGAGCUGUAGGGUUAAGGCUGAGCAAGCUAAGACAGAGGGACAAGGCCUUCGAUUCUGACUGAAUCCCAUUCUGUAGUUAUAUUGGAGGAUUUAUCUUUCCCUGCUGUCAGAGCCAGCCCAAUGUUAAUUCAAGUUCCUUUAUUGAUCCCAAAGUUAAGUCAAAUCAAAAGACUUUAGCAAAGCAUCAUUUUGAGCUCCACUUUCAGAUACGCCCAGCAUUCACCACAUAACCGCUGACUUUCUUCUGAUUUGGUAUUUGCUCAGUUGUUUUGAAUUCAACUUGUUUCAUAGUUUCUAACUGCAUAACUAGAUAUGGGAAGGUUUUGUCUUGUAUUUCAAGUGCUGAAAUGAAUAAAUGUUAUAUUUCAUUUAAUUAAUAAGUUCUGUAUGUCAGCUCAAAUGUCAGCAACAAUGAAAGUAAAAUAUUUUUUACAAGUGAAGUGGAUUGAGUGAUUUGACCUGAAUAGUGUUUGGCAAUAGUUUUUUCCACAACACAAGUAUAAUUAAGUUUUCUCCAUUUUUACUUUUGGUUCCUUUGUUUUUACGCAACAAAAGAAAUAAAUAAGCUGGCUUGUGUCCUCUGACUGUGUUCAGUUCUAUUUUUUAAGAUUCUUGAGAUUGAAGAUCGGGUUCUGCUUCAAACUUGAACUGAGACAUAUCGCACAGGAAACUUAAAACCCACACAUGCAGCUAGCCAUAAAAGUGGUGAGCUCAUUCAGAUAAGACUUGCUUUUAAAAGAAUGAUAAUGAAAUUCCAUGUAUUUGCAAAGUCAGACAAGUUGGCAUCCGACUGUACAGCUCAGUUUGCAAGUGUACUUUUAUCUUGAAUUGUUUUAAAAAAAAGUUACCUGUCUACAUGAGUUGGAUUUCAAUCAAGUUGCACCUUUUAUUAUUUGCUCAUUUGCUGUUGUGUGCUUGUAAAGAACAUUUAGUUUAAUAUGCUGUGAAAACCAAGUCACAUAGGUUAACCAGUAAUAAAGGCUAACCAUUUAUUA